CGACGAAUUGCCAACUCCCGAGUUCAACGAGGCGGAGGCGGCGGUGGCGGCAGCGGAAGCGGAAACGCAAACGCAUGGAGGAGGCGGCAGAAAAUGAGAAUCGUCGGGCCCAAUCCCAGCGCGGCAGUGUCGUCAUCAGGCGGCGCUGGCGCAGCUGUGGUCCAGUGUCAAGAGUCGCCGAGUGGAAGGCGGGAGCGGCGUGCUACGGUUCCGGGCGUCCCGAGGAUGGUUCUGCGGCGGCUUCUCGCUGCCCUGCUGCACAGCCCGCAGCUGGUGGAGCGUCUGUCCGAGUCACGGCCCAUCCGGCGAGCCGCUCAGCUCACUGCCUUCGCACUGCUGCAGGCCCAGUUGCGCGGCCAGGACGCAGCCCGCCGCCUGCGGGGUCUCGCGGCUGGGCCUGCGGGCUCCUUGGGCCGCCGUGCGGCGCGAUUCUUAGACGCCUUCACCCAGGAGCUGCGCCGCGGCCUCCGGGACCGCCCGGGGCCACCACCAGGUAGCCAGAGGGGCCCGGGCGCAAACCCUUAAUCCGGACCUAGGUCGGUCCAAGGUCACCACCUUUCCCUUCUGGACUCUGCAUCUGUCUCGGCCUGGAGGAAUCAUCCUGGGCACCGCGUACGGCUUGGAAUCCUGACUCAGGUUGGUGGACUGCAGACGUCCCGCUCGUUAGAGCGGAGGCCAAACCAGCAUCCUCAGUGGAGUCCUGUGGUUGGACAGGGCCCACAGUGUGGAGGAAGACCCCGAAGCCGGACAGAUACCAAUAGGCUGGUCCUGGUACUGAAGCCAUGGACCAAACCACAGCCAGAAAAAGAGCCUGCCCUCUGCAAAUGGGACUGAAACUUGAUAGAUUCUGCUGACUCUCCAGUGGUAUAACUGAGCACUGAUUCCAGGGACAUUAUGGAUGGAAAGGCAACUCUGCGGCUGCCAAGAUCCUCUGAUUAAACGUGUGAGCUUAUUAA